CGAUCGUAUGCUGAAAGGAUGGAGGUAGAGUGAAGCAUGCUUCGUGGUGAGUCUACUGUGUGUAGCCAACAAGUACCGGAUCCUCCCGAAGCCCUCUCCGUGCUCCGUCCAAGGGCGGGCGGGGGAAAAAGCAUGCGUCCGCACAUGUGGAGGCCGACAGCCGGAAACAACAAGGGUGUCCGAUGGUGUGCCUGGUUCCAAGUCUCCGGGUGUCGGGAUCAAUGGCGAGCUCGGCAUCAAGUGGAGAGGACAUGGUUGAGAAGGCGGCGCUUCCAGCUGCAUCGUCUUGCCUCGGCAAUAACUACGAAUUCGAUCUGAAGGCCGACUCACUCGGCCACGGGGUGAUUCUCAUCACUAGAACUUCGGCUUGCCGGCGAUUAUCCAACAAAGCAUUCACAUUACGGACAGUUAAUAAUUUGGCAGAUCACGGCAGUUGCUCACCCGUGCCACUACCGGAGCUCCCGAUUAACACCGGCCUAUGGCGGACGAUUGUUUUGGCUCCGGGCUGUAAUAAGUGGCAUCGGAGCUUGGGUAUAAGUACUGGUCGUGGCUGCCAAUAAAGAACAAAUAAAGUAGGCCUGAAGCGGAAUAAAGGAGAACCAUGAGAUAUGUCUCACUGCGAUAUGGUGAUAUGUUCUGGGCAACCGACCCAUGUCGGAGUGGUUGG